AUUAUCUCUUCGAUCCUGGCUUCGUUUUUAUUUUAAAUCAAAAUUUCAAUUAAUGUGAUAUGGUGAAUGUUCUUUUGGUACUAAUUACAGUUUCGAGAAGACAUGCAAACGAUCUAGGUCUUGGUAUAGUUAUUCCAGCCGCUCAUCCCCAUGGCCAGUCAGAUUAAAAUUAAAGUGAUAAAGUGUUCCACGAUGCGAGAUGCAGUGGCUUGUAAUCAUUUAUCAUUUCAAUAAAUUCUGUCCCGAAAAAAAGAACAAUAAUAUGUGUUUGCACUUUCAUAUAUUUGAUAAAUCCUUCACGUUGAUUCUUAUCCGACCGUUUCUAUGCGGUUAUCUAGCAGGUGGCUCAGUUCCUUCGUUAAUAUUUUUUUUACAUUAUCUUACUGUAAACAUCAAUAAUUUUGUAGUUGACACUCCCCAAUACACCUAUUGUCCGCCUCUUAACGAUAAAAGCUCGCUUAGACAUCUUUCAAUAUUGAUUUCUAUUCAGUCUUCCCAUUCUUGGGAGUCACCCAUCCUAUACACGACAAUACCAAAUCGAAGUCAUGACCCCUGCUUGAUCGCAUGCAGGGGGUAUUAUACAGUCGGCUGUUUUGCAUAUCUCCCUAGCGAUAUUCAUGAGCGUCACCGGCUUCCGUGUUUCGAGACCGUCAACAAAAAGAAAUCUGUGCGUGCGGUCGGGAUCGGAGGCGAGGUGAGGGGUAAUACAAGGGUAACAGCACGUUACCCCUACGUUCGUCCCACAACUGGUAGCGGUGGUAGCGGAACAAACGUGGACAGUUCGAAGUGUACACUUUUGUGUUGUUGAAUCCUGUCAAGUUGAUAUUGUUGACCUGAUGUAGUUUGAUUUAGAAUUAAUGGCCGAUUUAUGGCCAUCAUCAACCACUAUUGACCGUUUCUACAGUGAUUUGUCAAGUUUGUUGUGAGAUUUUCUGCCAGUUUUUUCGUGGACUUUGCUCUCUUUCCGCUUGUGGUAUUUGACCAUCUUGUCACCAUGACUUCAUUACUACCAGCACUCCCGAGGACCUACCCUCAUCUUCAACAAGUUAAAAUGAAAGAAGAGAUCGAGAAGAAAAAAUUAUUUGUGAAACUGCACCCUCUCUACUACACAGGGAUCCCCAUUGACCAAUACUAUGACCUUACACUGCUCAAGAGAAGUAACAUCAGAUCAAACGAUCAAUUAUUACCAAGGCCAACAGAGGUUGAUAUGACCAAGCUUUCGAUAGACAAGCCAUUCCCUGCCGAACACCCCUACAGUUCUCACAUGUCUCGAUUCGCUAUGUUCCCAAGCUUCGCGUCCACCCCUGACGACUAUAAGACCGGGGAAGCUGCCCGACAGCAGCAGCCCCUUCACCCGGAGAUCCCUGCCAAUCCAAACGAUAUCACCAUCAACUACAAGAGCAAGGGAGCCCGCGAUCGAGUUGAAACCGAACACAUUCCCCUAGACUCACAGAAGAAAGCCCUCUCCUGGCCUGGUGAUACAUUCUUCCAGAAUAAGAAAACGCCCACCAGUGGACAGCAGCAGUUCUAUCCGAUCCCCCCGAAGGCGGUCCUCCCAAACCACGCCCCUCGUAAGCUAGACCACACCCUCAACCCACGUACAGCCAAUGCCCUUCGAAACGUGGAGAGAUCUCAGUGGACGACGACGUAUAACCGCGCCCAUACCGGCUACGGCCCCGCCAACGCCCUCGCCCUGGAUAACCUCGAAGAUAAACUAGAGAUGGAGAAGAAACUUAGAAUUGAAGAUCAUAGUUUGAAACCACGAAGCUACCCCACCUUCAUGCCACCACGCCCGCUGGAAGGUCGAAUCUCUCGUCUUAUUGGACCUAAUCAGAUGGUACGAUGUGUGGUCAAAGAUGGAAGGAUUCUCUACGUUCCCUACUACCCCAAGAUUGACAUCGAAAUGGACAAGGUUCGUGAGCAUAAAAACCUACCAACAGAGACGACAGAACAGUUCCAGGAUCCAGCCUUGACGCAGCAAUGGAAACGUCUUCAGGCUGCCCAGCAUCCCGAUGGCCACAUCAGCAAGAUCGAGGAGAAGAAACGUGAGGCGGCCGAGGAUGCAGACCCAGCCAAUACUCUACCAAUCGGCGACAACAGCUACAAACCAGUAGAGAAGGUCAAAGAAUCCACCUACCUACAGGAGAUGGCAGUCAACCGCCGAGCAGAGAUCGAAGAUAUGGCGCAGAAGUCUCGUUGGAAGCAAGCGGAACUCCAAGAGCAUCACCAUGACCUGUCUGAACUGAAGAGAAAGGUGGACUACACGACGCCCUCUCUGCAGAAGUCGGUCUACUAUGAUAAUCUGCACAAGAUCUACACCACCAAGCCACCAUUCUACUACGACGGUGAUAACCCGUAUGAAUAUGACUAUGUAACGCCAUGGGACUAUCACAAGACGUCAGCCAUGACCGAUCAAUAUAAGAUCGAGUCCCAUGUUGCUAAGAUCCGAGAGAAGGUGCAGGAGAAGAUGGACGCGCAGUUCCCUGGUAUUCCCGGACGCAAUCCCUACGUCAUGCCCAAGUACACGCAAGAACAGCUGAUGAAUGGUCGACCUCGGACUGUUGAAGGUGAGAAGGUUCAGAAGCCUAUUCCUCAAUCUACCUACGUCUACAGCUACACACCGGAGAACAUGAAGACCAUCGUGACCCCCGAUCAGCCAAGGUUUGAUCUCUGGGACGCCACCCGUCCCCUUCCUCAGAUUUACAACAGCAACACUACCACGUCAUCCUCUGAUGACAAGAUCGGUAGUCCCUCGAAGCAGGUCUCAAUUUCGAACACUGUCAAAGUAGCCAAUGGCGGGAACGAAGAGCCUCUGCGGACGCAUGAACAGCAGCUGACGAGUCACGAGCAGAUGCUACGGACCAGCACAAAUGCUCCCACCGAACCCGCCGCCCUCAACCCAGGAAGCAAUCCUGUGGUUGAUGCACGCCACACCAAUCCUGAAGGAAACCGUGACUGGAGGUUUGACUGGUCACCGGGAUACGCCUUAGGACCAAGACCCCAAACGACACUCCUGAAGCAACAGAACUCUUUCACCAAGACAGGUACCCGCAGGGAAUUCAACAACACGUUUCCAGAGACAAACCCUGAUCUCCGCGAUAACAUCUUUGAUGGAAAGAAACACGAGUUUCAAGGAGAGAAUGCCUUCUCCUGGCACUAAAGGACAAAACCUAAUAUUAGGAAAAGUGAAAUAAAAUAAAAGUCAGGGACCUACUCUAGACGAUGAAGGCAUCUUUUGCCUCGCGAAUGGCUAACAAGAUUAAGGCACUUAAAACCUAUUUCCUAGUUGCAGAAGGUUUGAAUAAACUAUGACUCUUGGUUUGUGCCUUAGACGCGAGAGAACGCUCUGUGACACGUUGGGUAAUGUCUUUUGAAAUGACGAUAUGAAUGUCAUACGAGAUGUUAUAACGACUUUUGAAGUGGAUUUUUUUUUCAUUUAUAAUAAAAGGCAAAUAAUCAUGAAGUGAGUUGAUGUGAACUUGGUAUAUUUCCACAACUCGAACUGAUCAGAUAUCAAGUAUAGGUUGUGAAUUAUAUGGGUUUGUUAUGAUCAGCCAAACUAAUUACUGAGUGCUAAAUUCUUAUCAAUUUUGCUACAACCAUAUUUGUAUCCUCUUCCUUUUUAUUUUCUUCUCUUUCUACCUCAUGUUUCUUUGUAUAUCCUAUCAUCA